CAGAAUGGGGACAUAAUGUUAGGAGGAAUCUUCUCUUUCCACAGCAGCUGGAAAAACAACAAAGACAACUAUGACAAAAAACCUCUGCAACUGCAGUGCACCAGAGACUUCCAGUUUGCUCAAGCCAUGCUUUUUGCCAUUGAGGAAAUUAAUAACAGCACAGAUCUACUGCCAGGAAUCACUCUGGGCUAUAAAAUGUAUGAUACUUGUGGCUCCAUUGCCAGAAGUGUAAGCGUUGCCCUGGCCUUACUUAAUGGUAAUGAAAAUGAGGCUUCACAUUUGAAGGCAUGUACAAGACCUGCACAAGUACAGGUUAUAAUGGGAGAAACCUCUUCCUCUCCUACAGCAGCCAUUGCGACUGCCAUUGGACCCUUACAUAUCCCAAUUAUCAGCCACUUUGCCACAUGUGCUUGUCUCAGUGAUAAAACUAAGUACCCCUCAUUUCUCAGAACCAUACCCAGUGACUAUUAUCAGAGCAGAGCCCUGGCCCAACUGGUCAAAUAUUUUGGUUGGACUUGGAUUGGUGCUGUUAGAACCAAUGAUGACUAUGGAAAUAAUGGCAUGUCAACAUUCAUAGCAAUCGCACAGCAGCUGGGUAUAUGUGUGGAGUAUUCCAUAUCAUUCUUUAGAACAGAUCCAUCGGAAAAGAUACGAAAUAUCAUUGAGAUUAUUAAGACAUCUACCUCAAAGGUUAUUGUUACUUUUCUUUCCAAUAUGGAUUGGGAUGUGUUGUUACAUGAAUUUUCUAUAAACAACCUAACUGGCUACCAGUGGGUAGGAACUGAAGGCUGGAUUUCUGAUUCUCAAAUCGCAGCAAUGGACAAGAAUCAUAUCCUGGAUGGAGCUAUAGGUCUUUCCAUCCCCAAAGCACAUGUCGGUGGGCUCAGAGAGUUCAUGUUGAACGUUAAACCACUGAAUUCAUCAAAUAGUGUUUUAUUUAGAGAGUUCUGGGAGGCCUUGUUUAGCUGUAAGUUCAAUCUUUCAAACUCAGGAGAGAUUCAUAAAGAAUGUACCGGAGACGAAGAUCUAACGGGAGUGGAAAACAGCUUCACUGACAUGUCACUCAUGCCCAUAUUUAACAAUGUCUAUAAAGGAGUUUAUGCAGUAGCCCAUGCUCUACAUAAAAUUCUCAACUGUAAUAAAACAUGUGGCAUGUAUGUCCAGCUAGAUCCAUUAAAGAUUUUACAGCACCUACAAAGGAUUCACUUCAAAACAAAGGAAGGAGACCAUGUUUACUUUAAUGCAAAUGGAGAUCCACCUGCUAAAUAUGAAAUUAUCAACUGGCAGCCAAGAGAAAAAGGCAUAGUUGAAUUUGUCAGUGUUGGAAUAUAUGAUGCAUCAUUACCUGAAGAAAAACAACUGGAUGUGCGAAAUAUGUCUGUAAUUUGGGCGAAAAACUCACUGCAGGUCCCUGUGUCACUUUGCAAUGAGAAGUGUCCUCAUGGAACACGUAAAGUUCUCCAGAAAGGAAAACCCAUUUGCUGUUAUCACUGUGUACGAUGCCCAGAAGGAGAAAUGAGCAACAAUACAGAUUCUAUCACCUGUUUCAAAUGCUUCCCAGAGUUCUGGUCAAAUGAGGGAAGAGACACUUGUAUAAAGAAAGAAGAACUGUUCCUUUCCUAUGAGGAAAUUAUGGGAACACUAUUAACAACAACUUCUUUAUUUGGAACAUGCAUAACUGCUGUUAUAGCUACCAUUUUCUUUAGACAUCGGAAAAGUCCUCUUGUCAGGGCAAAUAACUCUGAGCUGAGCUUCCUGUUGCUCCUCUCCUUGGCUCUGUGUUUCCUCUGCUCUCUGACUUUCAUCGGCCAGCCCUCUCAGUGGUCCUGCAUGCUGCGUCACACAGCAUUUGGAAUCGCCUUUGUGCUCUGCAUCUCUUGUGUUCUGGGCAAAACCAUAGUGGUUUUAAUGGCAUUUAAAGCUACCAUGCCAGGGAGAAAUGUCAAAAAAUGGUUUGGACCUACACAACAGAGAGUCAGUGUUUUGGGUUUUACUUUUAUACAAAUUGUUAUAUGUAUCCUCUGGUUAACAAUAUCUCCUCCUUUUCCAAUCAAGAACUUUAAGGAAUUCAAAGAUAAAAUUGUUUUGGAAUGUGAUUUAGGCUCCACUAUUGGUUUCUGGUCAGUACUUGGAUAUAUAGGACUUCUUGCCAUGUUGUGUUUUAUUUUUGCUUUUCUGGCUCGAAAAUUACCUGAUAAUUUUAAUGAAGCUAAAUUGAUCACCUUUAGCAUGCUGAUAUUCUGUUCAGUGUGGAUAACUUUUAUUCCAGCGUAUGUCAGUUCCCCUGGAAAGUUCAGUGUUGCUGUAGAAAUAUUUGCUAUUCUAGCUUCCAGUUUUGGAUUGCUUAUUUGUAUUUUCAUUCCAAAAUGCUAUAUCAUCUUACUGAAACCAGAGAAAAACACAAAGAAAAAUAUAAUGGGGAAGGGGUUACAAAAAUCAUUUUGA